CCGGGUAGUUGGGUCAGCUGACCAAAACACGGAAGCGCUGCGCUUGUUGUGAAGUUGUCAGCCGUGUGUGUUCGGUUCGGAAGAGAAAAGCUGCUGGAAACGUGAUUUUAUGGAUUUAUGAACCGGUUUCCGGUAGUUUUAACGUUUCGACGGGACGGUGAAGUGUGGAGCUGCUUGUCUUUAAUCUCCGCUGGCCCAGCGCGGCUGCAGGUAGCUGCUGCUGCUGCUGCUGAUGGAGAAGGUGUUUCGCUGUCCAGGUCGCCAUGGCUACGCCGUGGAGGUGUCCCCGUUCAUCCCCAACAGAGUGGCCUGCGCCGCCUCGCAGUACUACGGCAUCGCCGGCUGUGGCACUCUCCUGGUCCUGGAUGAGACGGAGACAGGGGUUGCAUUAGUGAGAAGCUGGGAGUGGGGCGACGGUCUGUUCGACGUAGCGUGGAGCGAAGCCAACGAGCACAUCGUGGUUGCCGGGGGCGGGGAUGGCAGCCUACAGCUCUGGGACACAGCCAAUCACAGCGCUCCGCUGAGAGUGGCCAAAGAACACACACAAGAGGUGUAUUCUGUAGACUGGAGUCAGACCAGAGGAGAGAACCUCAUCGUCUCUGGAUCGUGGGAUCAAACUGCUAAAGUGUGGGACCCCGCUCUCAGCCAGUCACUGACCACGCUCAGGGGUCACGAAGGGGUCAUCUACAGCACCGUUUGGUCGCCUCACAUCCCAGGAUGCUUUGCGUCAGCGUCAGGUAACACACUGCACACAGCCUGAGCAGUAGGGGGUUGUUGGAAAGAAAG